UCGAGAUCUGAGCAAUGUUUACAUUUUGAGACAGGGAAAAUGGCGUCGUCUGCAAGUGAAUGCGGAACUGCAAAAUCGGAUCAAAAUACGAAAAUCAGAAUUGAUUUAGACCCAUCACAGCACAGAAAAUACACAUUUCCAACCGAACAGAUUCCAAGGCUAGAUGUGUCGGAUCCUAAAGUCAGCGAAUAUGUUCGAGAAGGGAAACCAGUGGUGAUCACGGGAUCUAAUCUGGUCCAGACAGCUCUAAAAUGGGACCUGGACUACUUAGAGGGGAACCUUGGCAAGGGCAAAUUCAAUGUGUACGUCUCCAAGAACCACCGCUUCAUGUACUUUGACGACAAGAAGGCUAGAAUACAGAAGGAAUUCACGCCCAACACGAGGCUUAUGGAGAUGACGUUCCCGGAGUUUGUUCAACUUAUGGAAGAUAAGAAAGGUGGCACGGACAAGAUAUACCUCCAGCAGGCUCUGAAUGACUCCGUAGGACCAAACAUUGUAGAAGACUUUGUGAGGUUCAACUGGAAUUGGGUAACGGACUACCAGAAGAAGAACAACUGGGGACCACUCACAUCAAAUCUUCUUCUCGUAUCUAUGGAAGGAAACGUAACUCCAGCUCACUACGAUGAGCAAGAGAACUUCUUUGCUCAGGUCAAAGGCUAUAAGAGAUUCAUCAUGUUCCCACCCAAUCAGUUUGAAUGUAUGUAUCCAUAUCCAGUCCAUCAUCCCAACGACAGACAGAGUCAGGUAAACUUUGACAAUCCAGAUUACAAGAGGUUUCCAAAGUUCCGAAAGGCCAAAGGAGUAGAAGCUGUGGUUGGUCCAGGAGAUGUCAUAUACAUUCCAAUGUACUGGUGGCAUCAUGUUGAAUCUCUCUUACAUGGUGGAGUGACGGUAUCAGUUACAUUCUGGUUCAAGGCCGGAACAGGACCAAAGCAGGUGGAGUACCCGUUAACAGCGCAGCAGAAGGUUUCCAUCACACGGAACAUUGAGAAGAUGAUGUUUGAAGUGCUCAAGGAUCCAAAAGAGGUUUCAUCGCUCUUUCAUCUCAUUGUCGAUGGUCGCUAUGACAACCCAGUUGACCCCAUGCCCCCUUCGAGUUAGCAUCCAGGCUGCCACACUCAUUCCACCUACGAGCAAUAGUUCACCUCAAUCCAUGAUCUACCUAGUUUCAAUCAGCUGAUUCAUGGAAAAUUGUCUGUCGACUGACAUCUAUGAUUAUUGUGAUAAGUAAUGAUAGAAAUCAACCAUUCAUAGAUAUCAGAUGCCAUAGUUGAUCUUAGAGUUUUUAUUAUAUCCUACUUAAAAUGAAUCCUGUAUUGUUACUGGUUCAAAUAGCAUCACAUGACCAAACAUAUUCUAGCUAUGAUGUUGAAACAAAACGCCCAUAAAGAAAUUCUCUGAUGUUCCUGAUAGAGUAGUGCACUAUUCCAUCAUUGACGUCACAGAUCAAGCAAUCUCUCAGAUGUACCAGUCAGCAAGCUUCUCUUCCGGGCAAAUCCUGUGAUGUGUUGGCUGAGGUUCUACCGAGUGUGGUUGCUUAGGGAAAAAUAGGUCAGUCAAGCAACUGGACUCUGCGAGUGCAACCGCAUAGAUUUUGGUCCUAACCUGUUAAAAGUGGGAUAUAAAACCAAUGUACCAGGCGUUUCUUUCAACAGUAUAGAUGGAAUUAUUCAUCCUUGCUUGGACUGGCAAUUUUACUAUCCCCCCCCGAGGCUCCACCCCUUGGUAAAUAUAGCAGUUGCCAGUUCAACCUCGGAUAGCUAAUUCCCACUAUACUUCCUCAGAGCCUGGUAUAUUAGAUGCUAAUUUCAACAUAAUAGACCAAUCAUGCUAUUCACAUUAAUCCUACCUAAAAUUCACUAACUGACCACUAAACCAUACUUAAUUUGGAUAAAAAUCUGACUUUUUACCAUUCAAAGCUCAUGUUUAGAUAUGAUUUUAAUAUUUUUAAGCAACAGUGUGAUUGCUCCCGAAUACUUUGCUGCGUAGUAUGUCGUGUUAGGCUGCAGAUUGCUGUAUUCUGCUAACACAUCAAUCCGCACCUAAAAACGCAACGAUGGGAUCCAUGCUUUAAGCCUCAAUGUUUAAAGUAAACAUCAAAGUGAGUGAAUAUAUAUUUACCCUAUGCCACACACAGUGUUUCCACUCUUCCCAAAAUUC